CAUCAAAUAAUUGAAAAUACAAACUAUACUCCAAGUCCAAGUUUGAGUUAUUUGUUGUGACUCCACAUUCUCUCACUCUCUCUCAUUCUUCAAUGAAGGAGAAAGGCUGCGAGAUUGAAGCACUAGACAUCAACUACACCGUCGAAGCCAACCCAAUCCUAAAGGAUGUUAGCCUCACCGCGAAGCCGUCGGAGAUCCUCGCCAUCGUGGGCCCGAGCGGCGCCGGAAAGUCCUCCCUCCUCGAGAUCCUCGCCGGCAAGCUCACGCCGCAGUCGGCCUCCAUCUUCGUCAACCACAAGCCCAUCCACAAGGCCCGUUUCAAGAGGAUCUCCGGCUACGUCGCCCAGCGCGACACCCUCUUCCCGCUCCUCACCGUCGAGGAGACGCUCCGCUUCGGGGCCCAGCUCCGCCUCCGCCUCCCGCGGGCGGACCUGGCCUCGCGGGUCGGGUCCCUCCUGCGGGAGCUCGGGCUCGCCCACGUCGCCGCCGCCCGGGUCGGGGACGACCGCGUCCGCGGCAUCUCCGGCGGGGAGCGGCGGCGCGUGUCGAUCGGGCUGGAGGUGAUCCACCAGCCCGAGGUGCUGAUCCUCGACGAGCCGACGUCGGGGCUCGACAGCACCUCCGCGCACCAGAUCAUCGACAUGCUCCACGUCAUGGCGGAGGCCAACGCCCGCACCAUCAUCCUCAGCAUCCACCAGCCGGCCUUCCGCAUCGUCAAGCUCUUCGGCACCAUCCUCCUCCUCGCCGGCGGCGUCGUCCUCCACCACGGCUCCGUCGACCUCCUCUCCGUCAACCUCAUGCUCAUGGACCUCCCCCUCCCCGUCCACGUCAACGUCGUCGAGUUCGCCAUCGAGUCCAUCGACGCGAUCGCGGCGGCGGCGCCGCCGCCGCCGCCGCCGACCAAAAUUUUAGUCGAGGAAGGAUCGAGCAGAACCGGAAAAUUCACGCUGCAGCAACUCUUCCAGCAGUCGAAAGUGAUCGACGAGGAAUCGAUCGACGUCGGAAUCGGAAUCGGAGUCGGAAUCGAACUCCACCGCGGGUUCACGAAUUCGCGAAUGCACGAAACCCUAAUUCUGAGCCAUAGGUUUUGCAAGAACAUAUACAGAAGCAAGGAGCUGUUCGUGUGCAGAAGCAUCUCAAUGCUGGCAUCCGGCGUCGUUUUAGGCUCCAUAUUCUACCAACUGAGCAGCGAUUUGAUCGGCGCGGAGGAGAGAGUCGGCCUCUUCGCCUUCAUCCUGACGUUCCUCCUCUCGAGCACGGUGGAGGCGCUGCCGGUGUUCCUGCAGGAGAAGGAGAUCCUGAUGAAGGAGACGUCGAGCGGGAGCUACCGCGUGUCGUCGUACGCGGUCGCAAACGGCGUCGUUUACCUACCAUACUGCCUCAUCCUGGCCCUACUGUUCACCACCCCGGUCUACUGGCUGGUCGGACUGAACCGGAGCGCCGCCGCGUUCGCGCAUUUCUUGACUCUCAUAUGGCUGAUCCUCUACACGGCCAACUCGGUGGUGGUGUGUUUCAGCGCGCUGGUGCCGAACUUCAUCGUCGGGAACUCGGUGAUCUCGGCGGUGAUGGGGUCGUUCUUCCUGUUUUCCGGCUACUUCAUAUCGAAAAACGGGCUGCCGAGCUACUGGGUGUUCAUGCACUACAUCUCGCUGUUCAAGUAUCCGUUUGAAGGGCUGCUGAUCAACGAGUUCUCGAGGUCGGGGGAGUGUUUGGAGACGAUGCUGGGUGCGUGCGUGGUGAGGGGGGAGGAUGUGUUGAGGGAGGAAGGGUAUGGAGAUGAAGGGAGUAGGUGGAGGAAUUAUGUGAUCAUGCUUUGCUUCAUCUUGGUUUAUAGGUUUGUGGCGUAUCUGAUUCUCAGGUAUAAAUGCUACUCCCAUGGGGGUUAGAUGUUUUUCAUUAUCGUUUGAAAUGAAUUUGUUCAUAUAUGGCCACUUUCAAAAAAAAAUCUUCUUUUUA